AUGGACCAACGACCUUCAAAGCGGACAAGGCUGUCGUCAAGCUUGUCCAGCGAAACACGGGAGCUUAGAGAGGAGGUGGAGGUGCAUACUUCACUCACAUCCCUGCGAAGAUCCGUAUCACCACCGCCAAGAACGCGAUCCGGUCAAUCACACGCGUCUAUUGCAACAAUUCCCCGGGCCGACCUUAAGAAUGACCAAUUCGAUCACAAAAGAAAAGAGACAUCUGGAAAGAAGCCAGCCUUAUACCGUGCUCGCCAGGUCCCUUCUCCCUUUCAGCUCACUCAUAUCCGAGAUCUUCCAGACAAAGAGGGCUCCAAUGAUGGGACGGUAAAAUUGCGGGACAUACUUGGAGACCCAAUGAUCAAGGAGUGCUGGCAAUUUAACUACUGUUUCGAUGUGGAUUUCUUGAUGUCCCAGUUUGACGAAGACGUCAGAAGCCUGGUGCAAGUCAAGAUUGUUCAUGGGUCUUGGGAGAAGGAAUCGGCAAAUCGAAUUCGCAUUGAUGAGGCAUGUGCUCGGUUCCCCAAUGUGGAGGCUAUCACAGCUUACAUGCCAGAACGUUUCGGGACUCACCAUUCAAAAAUGAUGAUUCUUCUGCGUCAUGACGAUCUUGCUCAGGUUAUCAUUCAUACGGCGAAUAUGAUACUUGGAGACUGGACAAACAUGACCCAAGCCGUUUGGCGAUCUCCCCUCUUGCCUCUGCUGAAAGGAGGUGCUUCGUCUUCAUCAUCUACCAAUGGAGAUACAUCCCUUGGUACUGGAGCACGGUUCAAGAGAGAUCUUCUCACAUACUUGAGAGCAUACGGUCCCAAGAAAACUGGCUCACUAGUUCAACAACUCAGUCGUUAUGACUUCGCUGCCAUUCGAGCUGCUCUCGUUAGUAGUGUUCCUUCGAAACAAAAUCUCUGUCAACUUUACUCAGAUAAAGCAACGUUAUGGGGCUGGCCAGCCUUGAAGGAUGUUCUUGGCCGAGUACCUGUAACCCACAGAACUAGUGAAAAGACCUCUCGAAAACCCCGAGUUGUGAUCCAGAUCUCUUCAGUCGCCACUCUCGGCGCAACAGACAAAUGGUUAAAAAGCGUACUCUUCGAAGCUCUCGCACCCACGUCAAACGAGGGACCACCAAAUUACUCGAUCAUAUUCCCAACUCCAGACGAGAUUCGCCAGUCUCUAGAUGGAUAUGGAUCUGGUGGUUCAAUUCAUAUGAAAACCCAGAGCGCGCCUCAAAAGAAACAGCUGGAAUACUUACGUCCAUACCUAUGUCAUUGGUCGGGUAAUAUCGAGACCAUCGAUCAUUCCGGUGAUAAACACACCAGACGCGAGGCCGGGCGUGGACGUGCAGCACCUCAUAUCAAGACAUACAUUCGCUUUUCGGAUGAAGAUACCAUGAACAGCGUUGACUGGGCGAUGGUCACAUCCGCCAACUUAUCCACACAAGCCUGGGGCACAGCAACGAACCAAAGUGGUGAAGUGAAGAUCUCCAGCUUCGAAAUUGGCGUGGUUGUCUGGCCUGAGCUAUACAAGCAGAAUCCUGUCUCCUCAGAGUCGGAUGCAACCGUGAAUCAAUAUUCAGAUGUGCUGAUGGUACCCUGCUUCAAGCAGAACCAGCCCGACAUGUCUAACCUGGCUCGGAAUGCUGCUACUGUGGUCGGACUACGCAUGCCUUAUAGUCUUCCACUGACGCCGUAUGGCCCUACGGAUGCUCCAUGGUGUGCCACAGAAUCGCAUUACUUUCCAGACUGGAGGGGCCUCAGCUGGGUCCUUUGA